AUGAGCUCCGCGUCCUGCCCGUCCCGGGAGCCCCCCCGGUACCUCAGCCCGCGGGGCCGGGAGCGAUCACCGGGAAUGUUCUCCGGGAUCGGGGAAUUGCGGCGGGAGCGAUCGCGGCUCCUGCGGGGCUCGGAACGGCCCAGCCGGGCCCGGCCGGUCCCGCUCGCCACGGGAGCGGCUCCGGGCACCGCUCGCUCCCUUCCCGGCCCCGGGCACUGCUCGCUCCCUUCCCGGCCCCUUCCCCAGCCGGGAUUGUCCCCGGGACCCCCCACGGGGGGCAGCGGGGCGGAGGCCGAGGCCGUGGAGCGGGAGCUGCUCCAGGAUUAUCGCUUCGGGCGACAGCAGCUGAUCGAGAUCUGGGGACACGCCUGUGCCGUGGCUGUCACCAAGGCGUUCCCGCUGCGCUCCCUGAGGCGCCGGCUGCCCACGCUGCUGGUUCUGUGCGGGCCGGGGCAGAACGGAGCCAUCGGGCUGGUGUGUGCCCGCCACCUGCGCAGCUUUGAUUACGAGCCCACCAUCUUCUACCCCAAGCGCUCCCCGGACCCGCUGCACCGCGACUUCACCACGCAGUGCGAGAAGAUGGACAUCCCGUUCCUGUCCUACCUGCCCACCGAGGUGCAGCUGGUCAAUGACGCCUACAACGCGGUGGUGGACGCGGUGCUGGGAGCUGAGGUGACAGAGGCGACAGAGGGGACAGAGCCGUGCGCGGCCAUCCUGGCCACCCUCCGCCACAUCCGCAUCCCCAUCGUCAGCCUGGAUGUCCCCUCAGGGUGGUCGGCGGGCGCGGGUGACAGCGGUGACAUCAGUCCGGAUGUCCUGGUGUCGCUGGUGGCUCCCAAGGAGUGCGCGCGGCGCUUCCAGGGCCGGAGCCAUUUCCUGGCCGGGCGCUUCGUGCCCGAGGAGCUGCGGAGGAAAUUCGGGAUCAGCGGCCCCGAGUACCCGGGCAGCGACUGCGUGGUGGCCCUGUGACCCCAAAAACGGCAACGGGACCCCAAAAACAGCCCUGGGAUCCUAAAAACGGCUCUGGGACCCCAAAAACACAGCCCUGUGAC